AUGUCUAUAAUUCUUUAUUUACAAUUAUUGUUAAAAUACUUACAGAGAGUACCAGAAGGAGUGCUAGACCAAGCCCACCAAGUACCACCCCCGGGAAUGAGAACAUACAAGAUUUAUUAUCAGUCGGAUUUUGAUUAUUCCGAU